UUUUGCAUGCUCUUUCGACUUUCCUAAUGCAUCGUAUUGUUUUUUUUCCAGGUUUUCUGUAUAUGUGCAUCUGCACCAUUCUGAAUACCUUUAAUGUGCAGAUGUUUAAAGAAAUGAGAGAAAUACAGAGCAGCAGUGGUAGCUGUGAUGACAGGCAGAAAGUUAAGUCAUCGUUGUUAUUCCCUGCUGAUACCUCAGAGUUGUUUCUGUUGUCACCUGGAUCGCCUCACCAUGAAGGUAUAUAUGUUCUAGAGGGCUCUUGGGCUUCCUACUAUUGCGGAUGCAUACUAUGCAUGACAAAUGAUGAUCAAGGUUUGUUCAUAUGCCAAUGGGUACCUGGUGGUUGGCAUUUUGAUGGCCAAAAGUGUUGGAUAGGUAACAACACUUUUGCAGAUAUGCUCAUCAUUUUAGCUAGAUAUGCAUAUACAAACCAAUUAAAUGGGUAAUCAUCUUCUCUUUCUUGCCUUUAUGUUGCCCUCUAUUGUUGGUAAAUGUCAACCUGAAGUUAUAUCUAUUGCCUAUCAAAUGUCAAUGCAAGGAUUAUCCUGCUUGCUAAUACUGAACUUGAUUAUCAAAU